AUGUAUUUUAUUUUUUAAGGACGCCAAGCGGGGCACAGAACUCGAUUACGUAAUUGCGCGUAAGAAUCCACUCUACCAGAAACCAGUCUACCUCGAGUUAUGGGGUUCGCCUUUGUUUGCCAUAAGACAAAAAAUCGUAUCAACGGAGACCACAGAGGGCACAGUGUUUCUCCUGGGGCCCUUGGAUUUCGAAAAACAAGCCAUGUACCAUUUAACAAUACUCGCUAAUGAUGCAUAUGCUGAGCCUGGUCAGGACAGUCGCAAUAUUGCGGGCAUGGAAAUCGUUGUCAUUGUGCAAGAUGUACAAGAUCAGCCGCCUGUGUUCACGCUGGCGCCACCAGUCACCAAGCUGCCAGCGGGCAUAUUGCCAGGCGAUAAGAUAUUGCGAGUGCAUGCCGAGGAUGGGGACAAGGGCAAUCCACGUGAGGUGCGCUAUGGCUUGGUGUCCGAAAAUAAUCCAUUUACAUCGUUUUUUGAUAUCAACGAUACCAGCGGCGAGAUAUUUCUGAUGCGACCUCUGGAGGACAUUGCCGCCAUCACACAUGUGGGCGAUCCGGUCUUGCUCACUGUAAUUGCCGAGGAAGUUAAAGUUGGUCGUGACGAACCGCCAGCAAUGGCUUCGACUGUGCAAUUAGCAUUCUUCUUGCCAGAACGUACCAAUUCACCGCCAUACUUUGAGAAUGAUCACUAUGUCUCUAGAGUCGACGAAAAUGCGCCGCAGGGCACAGCGCUAACUUUUGUUGAUCCCUAUGUGCCACGGGUAUACGAUGACGAUACAGGAAAGAAUGGCGUCUUCUCGCUGACAUUACUCAAUAAUAAUGGCACAUUCGAGAUAACGCCAAAUGUGGCUGAGCGAAGUGCAUCGUUUCUUAUUCGCGUGCGGGACAGCUCUUGGUUGGAUUAUGAAGUGCGCCAAUCUGUACAAUUCAGCAUACUUGCCCAGGAGCUGGGCCCAGCUACAAAUCUUUCAGCCAUUGUGAAUGUCACCGUGUACAUCAACGAUGUGAAUGACAAUCCGCCUGUGUUUGAUCAAACAGAAUACACGGUUGAAUUGCCGGAGAAUAUGACAAUGGGCACUAAGGUGGUGCAAGUGCAUGCUAGCGACUUGGACUCUGGUUUGGGUGGCAAGGUGCGAUAUACUGCAAUAUUGGGCUAUCUAAACACCUCGCUCAAUCUAAAUCCAGAAAGCGGUCUAAUCACCGUGUCGACCAAUAAUCACGGCUUCGACCGAGAAAUCAUGCCUGAGUAUCACUUAUAUGUGGAGGCACGUGACUUGGAUGGUGAGGGCAACAGAGUCCAGGUUCCGCUCAUCAUUAAGUUGAUCGACGUGAAUGACGAGGUGCCAAUUUUUGAUAAGGACUUGUACGAGUUUAUACUUGCCACUGACUUAAAGAGCUUUACAACCAGCGCUUUUAUACAUGCAACAGACAAGGAUGCCACAGCUCCCAACAAUGAAGUACGCUACGAACUUAUCAAUGGCAAUUAUGAGAAUAAUUUUGCACUUGAUAAGCUAUCGGGGGAAUUAACAGUGCGUGAAAAGAUUAGUCUGCGUUCGAAAAAACUUCAGCAGCAGCAGCAGCAGCGACGACGUCGUGCUGCCGAAUCCAUGGCCGUAUCCAGUGAUGAAAGCGAUAUAUUCAUAUUAACUGCGCGCGCCUAUGAUCUAGGCGUACCUGUGCGCUUUUCAACAACCACCAUACGCGUCUAUCCGCCAGAGAGUCGUAAGCGCUCUAUGACCUUUGUGGUCCCAGGUUAUAAUCCGAACAAGCGAGAGACUGAAGAAACGUUAUCCACCAUUACGGGAGGCAAAGUUUUAAUUCAUGACAUACGGCCACUUAAGCCAGAAGAGCCUGGAGCAAAUCAAAUACCUAAUGGCAAUCCGAGCAUCAAGGAACGCAGCGUAGUGACAGCAACUGUGCUGCACGACAGCUCGUCCGUAGUUGAUAUCUCUCAGAUACAGCAGCGACUGUCUCAGUAUAACAACUCCUAUGCCAUUAUACCACAAGAUACUACGCAAACUGAUAACCUUACUCCUUUGCAGACACAGUACAAGGCGGAGAAUAAGGUCUUAUUUUGGCUGCUAAUACUGCUCGCCACACUGGUUGCUUUGACUAUUUUGAUCUUGCUGCUCUGCUGCAUUUGCUCCUGGUGCCCUCUCUAUAGCGCAGCGACCAAAAGAAUAGUUAAUAUCAGUAAAACUGAAGACGAUGUACAUCUAGUACAUAGAGAAAUGGCAAAUGGAAAACAAACAAAAUCUGUUCAGGUCGCAGAGUGGAUGGGAAGACGCGAGGCCUGGUCCGCGGAGAAACCACCAGAUACACGAACGAAGCCUACCCGCUGGGAGUUCCGCGAUGGACGUGAACAGUCUGACGAAAACUUAGAAAUACACCCAUCUAGUAUGAAUCAUGAUGGUGAAGCGACACACCGCAUACAAUCAGCUGAAUAUCAACAAAGACGUGUCCGCAUUAAAAAUAACCGCACUGCCAAAGAUGAAACACAUCAAAGUUUUCAUAACUCUAGAACUAAUUUAAUAAAUGACCGUGACGUUUACAUUGAAGACGUCAUGGAUGGUACGCAUUUGGAAGAAGUAAAGGAAAACUUUACCCGAAGCAAUUUAAAUAAGCAAUUGGAACAUGGUCGACAUAAAAGCUACGAUUCUGAAAAUCGUCAAAUUGAUGACGAUUCAAUGCGAAGACACGAAAUUGAUCGUGGUAGCGACAUCGAUUUCAAUACUGCCCAAAAUAGUCUCAAGGCUAAACGAGAGCUCUUUAUUAAGGAUGGUAAUGUUGAGAUUCUACAGCUUAUGACUAGAGAUAAAACACGUGAUGGAGCCGCUAUGGAUGAUGACAAUAUAUAUGUAAAUGUGCCAGUAAAACCUUCAACCAACCUUUCGCAUCCACAAUUACUUAUGGUAGAUAAUACAGGCAAAGAAAUAUUGAUGAGACGAUUUAUUGAAGAACAGCCAGAUGGCAAGCAAAUUAUUCGAGAACACUACCAUAUUGUACCUGGUGCUACAUACAUUCAGUCAAUGCCAAAUGAGAUACAACAAGGAUCAACACUUAAAGGCGAUACGUUUCCUUUGGGUAAAUCGGGACCAAAUAGUGUAGUUUACUCACAAACGGAGCCUGAAGUCAAAGUUAUACACACCCAAUCAGUUCAGGGUGCAGAGGGCGUGUCUCAAAUACAGCCAGCCAUUUCGAACCAAUCUCUUACUCAGGAGCUGGAGCACUCACUCAAGCAACAGAACGCGCUUUUGCGCCAAAUACUGUUGGAGAAAGAGAAACUGGAAUCUAGGUACACCCAACACGAAUUUGUUUUAGAAACCCAAAGUCUUCCAGGUCAACCCAUGGCCAUUGCGACACAGACGGACUGCGAUGCCGGCACGCAAACUGAGCCAAUGGAGAACAUUUACGAAAGGACAACUAAUAACUUGCCGGGGAAAAUAGGUAGCCGUCAUACCCGUCGACGCGCACGUAGUGAAAACGAUGAUUCUAUGUCUGAGGAUGAAUAUAAAUAUGUAAGGUUUAGUCCACCUAACAGUCCCGAGGGUGUUUAUUGGAUAAAGCGUCGUCGUCCAAAAAAGCAGUCAAGACCACGGGGCAGUAGAAGAAUUGUUAUGGUAGAGGAAAUGAAGCGCAAAAUACGCACACCCAUCAAAGAAGAAGAAGAAGUCUAUGAUAAUAAAAAGCGAGUUCCACCCAAAAAACCGCUCCGAGAAACAAAAACGAGUAUUUUGCGAAAGCAACUAAGUGAUGAGAGCCGAAAAAUAGAAAAAGAUGCCAGUGUGCGUCGGAAAGGUGAUGCGCUAAGCAAGGAAGUAUUAAUGGAAAUAUCAGACUCACUCGAUGAACUUGCAAGUCCCGAAAAGCAUCGUAAGCGUUAUAUAUCUGUAGAGCAGUUCUAUGACAAUUCUGACGGCGAAGUCGACGGUAAUGAAACUGAAUGCUCCAUCGACUCAGAUGAUGAUGAAAUAGUAAUUCGAACAAAUACAUCAGGGAGAGAUAUCUUCGCUAAACAUCCGAAAAACACAGAGCACUAUGAAAUGCUCAUGAAAAACGUUGCCCAUCAUAGUAAAAGUAUACAUACAAGCUCAAGAUCAAGGUCAAGAUCACCAUCCGAAUCGCGUAAUGCCAACCCAGAAGUAAAUCCAAGAAUUUCGCGUAGAGAUAGCUCAAGACAUAGCAAUAACGCUCGUAAGCAAACAUCUUCAGAGCCACCACACAGCCGCUUAUCAAUUUCAAAAUAUGAAGCGACUUUAAAUGAAAAUGGCAGACACAUCACAUCCACAACAAGUGAAAUAAGCAAAUCCAAACGUCCGUCAAACGAGCGCAUCUACCAAAGUGAAACAGAACUGGCCGGUCAAGAAGGCGAAAGUGACCAAAAUAUUCCAAAAUAUAUGGAGUGGUACUAUAGAAAGAAGAAGCAGUCCGUAAGUGGCCGCACCUCAACAGAGUCAUCCAAAUCGCAAUUAUCUACAAAAAAGAAAGUAAAUGUGCCCGAAAAGCGUGUGUCGAAAUCUCGUGUAAGUUUAAAGGCUGAAGAGCAGGCUCAACAUGAUGAUGAGGUUAAAUUUAAACCAGAACCAGCACCUAGAAAAUCACCGCCAAAAGGAAGUCGUUUGCUAAAAGAGGAUAGAGCCCUAAAUAAACAACACAAGCCUAAAAUUGAGACUGAUACGAAUCAUCCGCUGCUGCAGCACUCAGAACAUCGCUUUGAACGGGAGAACGCAACAGAGGUACCUAUACCACCCACCAAGUUACCACACUACAUGUAUCCAGAAACACCGCCCCAUGCGGCACCUGCGGAAAAAUCUAAUGCAACACAAAAAAACAAACCCAAGCCAUCGCCCAUAAAAGAAAACGAAAUAAAGGUAACAAAUUCAAAAAUAAACCUCUAUGUCGAAGAUCGAAAUGCAGCGCACCCUCCGUCCCACGCACAAAAACAGUUGAACGCAUCAACGCUGGAAGAUGACCACGACUCGGGAAUAGCCAUGAACUCUUUAAUGAACAGCAUGGGUCGGCGUAAUCCGAUUGCUGAGAAGAAAAGCGUUUUCUCUAUUGCCUAUGACGAUGUAAGUCGCGUUAAGAAAAUUCCAUCGGGCGGCGAAUCCCCUCAAUAUUCGUAAUACGCGCAUUACAAAUUAGUUUAAACAAAUCAAUACAUAUAUUGAAAUGUGAUAGCCUCUAAGGCUCUUAUUUUGCAGCAACGAAUCGUCUCACGUUUCAUUGUACAUAAAACGUUUGUACACUAAAAACUUAAGUUAACGAUAGAGAAGUACGAUAGCAUUUAGCAACUGGUUUUUGUGCACCCAACAGUAAAAGUUACGAUGUGUGGAAUUAAUUGUAAGUAGCCUCCAGCUAACUUAAGUAAAAUGAGUUGUGCAACUGUAUAGACAAAAUAUUUAAUUUUAUGUCAUAAAGAAACAAAUAAAUUUGUCUAUUUUACAAGCAUUUGCUGACUUAACUGCAAAUCAUUAAAGGCGAGUAUUUAAGAGUAUUUUGUUAUGCCAUUGUUAAGUUUAAGGACUAAGCAUAGUAAACAGAAACUUUGAUAAUUUAUAGUUUUCAAGAGUCUUUUCGUUC